UUUCGUUUUUAGUGCAAGGAUCAAGUAGCCUCUGGUGGGUGGGUGGAAUCAUUAAAGAUUUAACAAGAGGAAAAUAGGAUAUGCUGCUUUCUCUUUAACGCACUCCUGAAAUUUUAAAAAACUCACUGAAACAAAAUGGAAGGUUCUCUGGAAGAGGAGGAUGACAGCUUUACUAAUAUUUCCUUGGCUGAUGACUCAGCAGAGUACAUUUCUGAAGGACAAGAUUCACCAGUGGAUUGGAUCUGUUCAACGAUGAUGAAUGCGGAUAUGGAUGCUGUUGAGGCUGAAAAUCAAGUGGAAUUGGAAGAAAAAACACGACUUAUUAAUCAAGUUUUGGAACUCCAGCAUACACUUGAAGAUCUGUCUGCAAGAGUAGAUGCUGUUAAAGAAGAAAAUCUGAAACUGAAAUCAGAAAAUCAAGUUCUUGGACAAUAUAUAGAAAAUCUCAUGUCUGCCUCUAGUGUUUUUCAGACUACUGACACAAAAAGCAAACGAAAGUAAGCCACUGGUAACCCAUCUGUAACAUUGUAUUGCUGCUGCUUUCGUUUAAUUUUAAAAUUGCAUAUGGCUACAUGACUUAAGUUAGUUUGUAGCAUCAUUGAAUAUUUGAAGAUUUAUUGGCAGUGCUAGACAAUUUUAAAUGAACAACUGGGCAGUGCAAGUCUAUUGUGUUAGCUUUCAACAAUGUGCAGAGAUAGUGUAGAGGAAAUAUUUAUUACACAGUUUGAAGGCAAGAGUUUUCAACUCGGCUUUUAUGUUAGUCAAAACAUGUCAUAAGCUGCCAAGUACUUUAGAUAUCUUAAUUUUUACAGUGGUACUACUGUUCACUAGCAGAAUAAUACAGUGUUGUGUAGAGUGAUGUGAAAAUCCUUAUUUGGAAUGAGUUAUUUGCAUGACUUUCCCUGGGCUCCAAAAAAGUUGUAACACUCCUCUUCCUUCAUCUCCUCAAUGGCGUUCUACAUUCUUCUAGAUAAGACCACAAAAACUUAGCUUUUAAAUAUUACUUUGAAAGCAAGUGAAGGAUUUAAUAUUAUUACUUACCGGUAAUUGCUUGCAAAAUUGUGAAGGGUUGAAAAACCACUGCAAUACCUGCAUAACUUUUCAGAACUGAUAAGUUAACAUUAAAAAACCACACCCUGCUUUAAAUUAUAUUGCAAGGAAAGGGAGUCACAUCUUGGCCUUCAUUGUUUAGCAAUCUCUUAAAAGUGGCCUCCCCUAUUUACAAAAUAGCGAGUAGCAUGGUAAUUUAACUGCCAGAUGUAAUGGUCAUUAGUGGUACAAGCUCAACAGAAGUAUCUUUGUGAACAAUUAGUAGGUAUUUAAGAGUUUUCACUAACCAUGGAUGCAGUCUAUAGUUCUUUUUCUGCAUAAUCCUCAUUAACUGCUGCUAGCCUUUAGCUGACACAGAAUGUUCAGCCUUUCAGGAUUAGAAUACUUGGGGUUUUCAAAGCAUGAAGUGUGCCUUUGAAAUAUUAAAGAAAUAUUAGCAGUUGUUGGAGAAGGCACCAAGUUACUCUCAACCUAUGACAUAGCCAUUCAUUCUGCAUAGGCUCAACAAGGCUUACUUGGAUAUGCCAACGUAGUGGGAUGAGCAAGCGAAUUAAUCACUAUCAUGUAUGCAUAGCAGCAGUCUCGUGUCUGUGAAUGCACAUUACAUGAAGUGGAUAAAUUAUGACAACUUCAUACUUUUGAUAAAAUGUUGCUGUUGCCAGACAUCACAUGUUGACAGAUUAGGUAGUUCAGCUGGUAGGGGACUGUUUAUGUGGAAUAAAACAGUUUCUACUUGGGUCAGUUCUAGCUUUGUUUGGAAUCUUAUUGCUGCUUCCUUACUACUGGUUUAAGGGAAGAUUUCAUUUCUCACCUAAGCAACAGGUCACUUUUCUCUUUGUGGGGAGGCUGGCAUAUUGUCUGAGAUUAUAUGUCCAGUAGAAGUCUGAGCUCAUCACAGAAUAAUUCUUACCUUCAGGAUUCACUGUUAUAUAGCACAAGCUAAUAGUGUCUUUGCGUUCCAGCUGUCAGUAUUAUAAACAAUGGAACCUAAUUUGAGGCAUUAGAUUCUAACUAAAACAUCCCCAUCACUGGACAUACUUUAAUAGACAAAAGUAAAUUAAAGCCUUCUCUGGCAUAACAAGGGUUUAGAAUCUAGAGAGUGUAAAAACAUUCCUAAAACGAGUGUAGUGCAGGAUCAAGGCAAGAUAAAUUUAAACAGAUGAGUGUGAUGUCCACUCUAGGGAAGUGGCUUUUCAACUUGGCAUUUACACAUUGACUUGUUUGCCAAAUAACCUUUGUGCAUCUGACAUAGAAAUUGUUUUGGAGAGCAUUAUGGAACAUAUUUCAUGGUGCAUAAGCAAGCCUAGCUUGUGCUUGAGUCAAGCACUCCAUAUAAGCUACCUGUGACACACCUCUGUAGCUGUGCAUUGCAGAACUGGUAAACUGUCUUUUAAAGAAACUUGUCCACAUUAUGGCUUUUCUCAUUGAGGAAUCUGUGGCUGUUAGAACAUAAUUUGGAACACACCAUUCUACAGCCCUACCUAAAUUGUGAACUCUUUAGGUGGCAUGUGCCUGUUACAAUUUAGCCUUGAAGAGUGCCAAGGCUGGUGGUUUUAGUAUUAGGGUGGGUUGUAAACGAACUCAACUAAUGCAGAUCGCUCUAAUUUCAGCUCAGAAUUUACUUCCUCUUUCCCCCAACUCCUUACUGAGUUGGGGGGGAGGAGCUGGAAUAUGUAAGAAGCUGAG